AGCGAGGGGAAGCUGGCCUCACUGUGACUCUCCGCUCUGCAACAGGUAACACCCCAACUCCAAAUCUCUGCACCAAUGCUUUGCAAACUCCAAUCACUGCUUUCCACGUUUUGAUCUGUGUGCCAGGAAGUAAAAUUUCUCUGUCAGGUAUCUCUUGGGAGAGUCUUCUAGGCACAUUUUCUUUCUGCCUGACUAACGGAUUUGCCAACGGAUUUGAAGGGAGAGCGAGAGGAGCAGACAGCACCAAACAACACGGACUCACUUUAAAGAAAAGGAACGGGGGAAAAAAAGAAACAGGGAAUGAUGAUGGAAUUGAGGAUCCAGCUGAUCCCGACAGGGGAAAUUAUCCUUCCUCCGGGGAAAAAUGGAGAAAACUAUUGCCACAACUGCAAGGUGGUGGCUAGUGACGGGGUGCGGGCUAUGAUGGAGUCGGCCCUGACAGCCAGAGACCGGGUGGGCGUGCAGGACUUUGUCCUGCUGGAGAACUACACCAGUGAGGCCGCCUUCAUAGAGAACCUGCGCAAACGCUUCAAAGAGAACCUCAUCUAUACAUACAUCGGUUCAGUGCUGGUGUCAGUGAACCCAUACAGAGACCUGGAGAUCUACACCAAGAACCACAUGGAGCGAUACCGUGGAGUCAACUUCUACGAGGUCUCACCACACAUCUACGCAGUGGCAGACAACUCAUACCGUUCCUUGAGGACGGAGAGGAAGGACCAGUGCAUCCUCAUCUCAGGGGAGAGCGGCGCCGGGAAGACGGAGGCGUCCAAGAAAAUCCUGCAGUACUACGCCGUCACCUGCCCAGCCAGCGAGCAGGUGCAGACCGUCAAAGACCGCCUGCUGCAGUCCAACCCUGUGCUGGAGGCCUUUGGCAAUGCCAAGACGUUGCGUAACGACAACUCGAGCCGCUUUGGCAAGUACAUGGACAUUCAGUUCGACUUCAAGGGUGCCCCGGUGGGAGGCCACAUCAUCAACUACCUGCUGGAGAAGUCCCGCGUGGUCCACCAGAACCACGGUGAGAGGAACUUCCACAUUUUCUAUCAGCUGAUCGAGGGAGGCGAGGAGGACCUGCUGAGACGCCUGGGCCUGGAGAGGAAUCCUCAGCAGUACCAGUACCUGGUCAAAGGUAACUGUCCCAAAGUGAGCUCCAUCAAUGAUCGCAGUGAUUGGAAAGUGGUGAGGAAAGCCUUGUCUGUGAUUGGUUUCAACGAGGACGAGGUGGAGGAGUUGUUGAACAUAAUCGCCAGUGUGCUCCAUCUGGGGAAUGUGCAGUACGGCGGGGAAGAAGGCAACGCCUGCAUCACUUCUGACACACAGAUAAAGUACCUGGCCAGGUUGUUAGGAGUGAAUGGGGCAGUGCUGACAGAGGCACUCACACACAAGAAGAUAAUUGCCAAGGGAGAGGAGUUGAUGAGCCCACUGAACCUAGAGCAAGCAUCAUCAGCUCGGGAUGCUUUGUCCAAGGCAGUGUAUGGACGCACCUUCACCUGGCUGGUUAACAAGAUCAACGCUUCAUUGGCAUACAAGGAUGACUCCUUCAAGAAUUACUCAGUGAUUGGCCUGCUGGACAUCUAUGGUUUUGAGGUCUUUCAGCACAACAGCUUUGAGCAGUUCUGUAUCAAUUACUGUAACGAGAAGCUGCAGCAGCUCUUCAUCGAGCUCACCCUCAAGUCAGAGCAGGAGGAGUACGAGGCUGAAGGCAUCACGUGGGAGCCGGUGCAGUACUUCAACAACAAGAUCAUCUGUGACCUGGUGGAGGAGAAAUUCAAAGGCAUCAUCUCCAUUUUGGAUGAGGAGUGCCUGAGACCUGGAGACGCGAGUGAUUUAACCUUCCUAGAGAAGCUGGAGGACACUGUUGGAGGACACGCACACUUUGUCACUCACAAGCUGGCUGAUGCAAAGACCCGGAAGGUAAUGAGCCGUGAGGAAUUCAGACUGCUGCACUACGCUGGAGAGGUCAACUACAAUGUCAACGGAUUUUUGGACAAGAACAACGACCUGCUCUUCAGGAACUUGAAAGAGGUCAUGUGUAUGUCAGAGAACAAGAUCCUGACCCAGUGUUUUGACAGGGAGGAGCUGAGUGACAAGAAGCGCCCAGACACGGCAGCCACCCAGUUCAAAGCAAGUCUGGCGAAACUCAUGGAGAUCCUCAUGUCGAAGGAGCCGUCGUACGUCCGCUGCAUCAAGCCCAAUGACUCCAAGCAAGCAGUUCGAUUUGACGAGGUGUUGAUCCGUCACCAGGUCAAGUAUCUGGGGCUGAUGGAGAAUCUGAGGGUGAGGAGGGCUGGCUUUGCUUACAGACGGCGCUACGAGGUCUUCCUUCAGAGGUAUAAGUCCCUGUGUCCAGACACAUGGCCUAACUGGCAGGGGAAACUGUCUGAUGGAGUGUCCACACUGGUCAAACACCUGGGAUACAAGCCUGAGGAGUACAAACUGGGCAGAUCCAAAAUCUUCAUCCGUUUCCCAAAGACCUUGUUUGCCACCGAGGAUGCACUAGAGACCAGGAAACACAGUCUUGCCACCAAGCUGCAGGCAGGAUGGAAAGGCUACAGCCAGAGGUCCAAAUACCAGAAACUCCGAACCGCAGCUAUUUCCAUCCAGGCGUGGUGGAGAGGGAUCCUGGCCAGGAGGAGGGCCAAGCGCAGGCGACAGGCUGCUGAUACGAUCCGCAGGUUCAUCAAAGGCUUCAUCUACCGCCACAAGGAGCGCUGUCCAGAGAACGAGUACUUCCUGGAUUACGUGCGCUACUCCUUCCUCAUGACGCUGCGCAGGAACCUGCCCAAGAACGUCCUGGACAAGAGCUGGCCGACACCUCCAGCUGCUCUCACUGAGGCGUCAGAGCAAUUGCGUAAGCUGUGCAUGCAGAACAUGGUGUGGAGCUACUGCAAGAAGAUCAGCCCUGAGUGGAAACACCAGAUGGAGCAGAAGAUGAUCGCCAGCGAGAUCUUCAAAGACAAGAAGGACAACUACCCACAGAGCGUGCCCAAACUGUUUGUCAGCACAAGACUCAAUGGGGAGGACAUUAACCCCAAAGUGGUGCAGGCUCUGGGCAGCGAGAAGAUGAAGUAUGCAGUUCCAGUCACCAAGUACGACAGAAAAGGCUACAAGGCCCGGCCCCGCCAGCUGCUGCUCACCUCUAACAGUGCCGUUAUCGUAGAGGAGGCCAAACUCAAGCAGCGCAUCGACUACGGAGCCCUGAAAGGUGUCUCAGUCAGCUCUCUUAGCGACGGCCUGUUUGUUCUGCACGUGCCCAGUGAGGACAACAAACAGAAGGGAGACGUGGUUCUGCAGAGCGACCAUGUGAUUGAGACCUUGACCAAGAUUGCGAUCUGUGCCGACAAAAUAAACAGCAUCAACAUCAACCAGGGCAGUAUAAAGUUUACAGUGGGUCAGGGGAAAGAGGGGAUCAUAGACUUCACGCCCGGAUCAGAACUACUGGUGGCCAAAGCUAAGAACGGACACUUGUCUGUGACGGCUCCCAGGCUGAACUCCAGAUGAUGGCCCCUCUGAACGCACCAGGACAAGUACUCCUGACCUCUCCCAUCCUCCAAUCACGCAACCGCAGACCCCGCUCUGCCUAAGCCAAUCAGACGCCAGCUGUCACCACAGGGUGGCAUGUGCUUCCAAUUAAAAAAAAAAAAAAAAACAAAUAAAAAUCCAGCAAAACUAAUUGAUAUAUUUAUGUUUAUAUAUUAUAUUUUUGGGAUUAAUACUGUUGCUGUUUGAAUAUUCUGAUUUUAUAUAUGAGGCCAAGGAAUAACAAAUAUUUUGGUGCAUUUUUCUUGCACCAUGUGUGUUUAUUGUGCUUUAUUUGGGAACAUGACCAAGAAAAACAAUGAGGGAGAAAAGUCAGACUAAAAGACAACAAUGAGAAGACGGGGAUUGUUGUUGAUGAAAAUCAGGGUUUGUUGUUGCCUCUUUUCUUUCCUGUUUACCUUUUCUGCUUGAUUUAUAGGCUUGAUUGUCUCGCUGACACUACUUGUCUAACUGGGGUGGUUGGCUGGUUAUUGAAGCAUGAAGGCGUGAAUUAAAUUGAAUUAGAACAAGGCUGACAGUAUGUAGGAUAGCUGUUGAGAGGAUCGGGGGCGAGGAAGAGUAAUUCUUCAGUAAAAAAUGAAGAUGCCCCGGCACGAAAAGGCCGGUAGUGUCAGACUGUGGCUCGCUAAAUCAGAAUAAAUAGUUGAAUGUACGGCUGUAAUUGUGCAGUGUUAGAAUAAGAAGGGAGCUUGUCAAGAGGGAUUCACUACAUAAAAUGAACAGCGUGCAGUGUAAAUGCUGCAAAAAGGAACAAAGUAUGUGAGGAGCGAGUGAGAAACGGCAAGAGAGAGGUGAGAAGAAAGACGAUAGAACGCAGCAGUCGUUUGCCUUGGCCCCAGGAGCUCGUGCCUUUCUCCUUGACUAAUGUAUUCAUAUUCAUUGAAGACCAUGACACUCAACGCCAGAAUGAGUCGAGUUACGUGUAGAUAGAAACAUCGUCCUCUGACUGAAUAUUGUUCCAGCUUCCUGUACAGAGACCCCUUGUUCAGAACCACAUAGCAUGCUCUGAUUGGUCGAAGACCCCAGCGUCUCUCUCUGUCGUCGGCUACAUUUCCUCCAUUCUUCCACCUUUGACCUGCCUGUAGUCUCAGAACUGGAGCUUGUGUUUCCCUACGACUGAACUGGUCCGACGGCUACACCUGACUAGGGUUUGACACAUAUGUUUCAAACCCCUAUAAUCAUUUUUUUAUGUUGGUGUCUCUCACUUUUUACAAUUCUACGUCCCUCAAAUGGCAUUUAAAGCGUGGGACUAAAACUCACAAUUUAAAGGAAUGUUAUUGAACUUUGGUCCUUUUGGUUCGGCUAAAAUGCACAUGAAGACCAGAAAGGGUUUUACAUCGAAGCUACUAAUAGCUGUGUAUUGUCCAGAUGUUUGACAUGUUUAAAUGGGACAUUUUUAAAGGAAUAGUUUUACAUUUUGGUAAAUUUCAUAUAAUUGCUACAUAUGAAACUAUAGCUAGGAGCUGGCUAGCUUAGCAUUAGGGGGAAACAGCUAGCUUGGCUCUGUGCAAAUGUAAAGAAUCCUCUUACACUUUUUGUUUUUUAUACCAACUUCACAAAUAAAACGUGUUAAUUAGUGAUUUUAUUGUUACCUUUGAACAGAGCCAGCUAGCGGUUUCCAUCUUGAUCACGCUAGCCUCCUGGCUGUAGCUUCAUUUGGAGCGCACAGAUGUGAAAGUCAUAUUGAGCUUUUCAUCAAAUUUUCUGUUAAAAAAACAAAAAAGAAGCUCAUUAGUGCAUUCCCCAAAUGUCAAACUAUUCCUACAUCGCCAGAAAAUACAAACAGUGGAGUUCUUUCCAGAAUUAUGCCCUUUUCAGGGUAGAAAAACUUCUCCUGAAAUAUCAUCUAACUUAUUAAACCACACCAAAAAUCUUCAUUAAAUCCUGACAACAGUAAAAUAUUGAUGCAUUCUUGUAGAGAUAUAAAACCAGUUCAGGUUGAGGGCCUCCUGUAGACCAGUUCUCUCUGUCUAACCUGAACUCUGACUUAAGACCAAUCCUGAAAAAGUUGUGUUAUUGAAAACUUUUGAGAGGAGCUCCAAAAUGUUUUAGUUGUUUUUCCCCCAAACCUCGCUCAAUGACAGAACUUUUUCUCUACGUGGCUCUGGGUGGCGCGGAGGGUGCAAUAUGCCGAGGCAGGACUGUGCGACUGCACUUAAAGUAUACUAGCCAAAGACCCUGUUGAUUUAUAGUGAUUCUGUGAUGUAUGAUUUAUAUUAUAUUAUUAUGUCGGUUCUGAAUGUUAUGUUGUUUUUCAGGAGGGAUAUCUAUGUGUACAGUUUGUGUUCUGUGUUAUAAAUGACGGAUUCAAGCCAGCUGAGGUUUGAUGUGAAACAUUUUGGGAGAAAAAGCUUCUAGUAUUGUUUGUUCACGCAAACUUGUUCAUGUGCCUUGUCAGAUAGCAAUACAACAGAUCUGUGUGGAACUGUAAGAGAAAUACCUCCUUAGAGUCCGGUCUCCCAGCAGCACCUAAAGGUCUCCUCCCUCUAUGUGUAUAAGCUUUAUUCAAACCAAAUCCCAAGUUUAUCUAUUGAUUUACAGAUGCACUCCUGUUAUCAGUCCUGACUUACUGUAUGCACCACACCAAUGUAUAAUUAUGCCAACACACUAAAAGAUAAGAUACUAAAGAUUUGAACAAUAAAUUUGAAAAGUAAAUGCAAA